UACACCGCAUCCUUCCACCACUCAACAACCGCCACCCGCGACAACAUCCAUACCCGCCACACUCUUUGGUACAGUGAUCGCCAAACAACUCCCCAAGACCCAACUCCGCUUCGCCCCAUACUCUCCACAAUGGUCCUCGGCAAAGUCGCACAUUACGCCUUUGAUGCGGUCCUAAUCUCCGCUUUCCUGGCUGGCGUCCGGCGCUCAACUGGCCUCACACCCAGUCUAAAGCCAGAUUCCUUCAGCGAAAACCCCAGCGCCCUCAAGUGGUUUGAAAACUACCUCUGGGUCGGCGAGACCGUCAUGGACCAGAGCGUCGCCCUGUUCGGUGCCAGCUCGUACUUUGAGCGCAAGCGAUAAACCGUUCCUU